ACAUUCAACGACUUCUAAAAUUGUCUUAUUGAAGUGUAAACUAUUUCCUAAUCUUAAGAAUGCAUUUUAUUACUGGUUGCAUACUUUUAUUAUUGGGCCUAUUCUUCUGUGUCAGGGGUGAUGACGAAUCCAAUUGCUUUAAAUCUUGUCUUAUUGAUUAUGAGCCAAUUUGUGCAACCAUUACAAAUAAUGAAGGCAAAUCGUUUGAUUGUUCUUUUAUAAAUGAUUGUUUUUUGGAAGAAUAUAUGUGUGUGAAAGACAUAAAAGAAUUGGAAAAAAAGCCAGAUGUUUGUGCAAAAGAUCUCCUGGAAUGUAAGGAUAUUGUCAAGGAUGCAUUAGCAGCUACGGACGACGAUGAUUUCGUGCCAGUAAUCACAGCAUAGACUUGUAUCAAUAAAAAAGAUGUUCUUUAUGGGUAUCGAAGAGAGAGGGUUAUAUUUUGUAAUUUACAUACAUACAUAUGUAUAAUAAAGAGUAUUUAACUGUGUGA